AUGGAGAGUAUGGAUAUUGGAGAGAAGACCUAUAAUUGUUAUGAUUAUGGUAAAGUUGUUAACCAGUCUUCAAAACUUAUUCAACAGCAGAUAAUUCAGAGUAAGCGGAAACACUGCAAGUGUAAUACAUGUGGAAAAGUCUUUAGUAACUCACCAAAUCGAAGUAGACAUAGGAAAGUUCAUACAGGAGAGAAGCAUUUCAAAUGUACAGCGUGUGGCAAAGCCUUUAAUCAGAGUUCAUAUUUAACUGAAAAUCUGGGAAUCCAUGCUGGGGAGAAACCAUACAAAUGUACAGAAUGUGACAAAGUCUUUAUCUGCUCUUCAUGUGUUACUCAACAUCAGCAAAUUCAUACUAGGGAGAGAUCUUAUAAAUGUGCAUCAUGUGGCAAGGCUUUUAAGCAAAGUUCAGCUUUAACUGAACAUCAGCAAAUCCAUACUGGGGAGAGACCUUAUAAAUGUACAGCAUGUGGCAAGGCUUUUAUGCAGAGUUCAACUUUAAUUCAACAUCAGCGAAUCCAUACUGGGGAGAGACCUUAUAAAUGUACACACUGUGGCAAAGCCUUUAUCAAUUAUUCAUUUCUUACUCGACAUGAACGAAUCCAUACUGGGGAGAGACCUUAUAAGUGUACAGCAUGUGGCAAGGCUUUUAAUCAGAUUUCAACUUUAACUCGACAUCAGAGAAUCCAUACUGGGGAGAGACCUUAUAAAUGUUCAGCAUGUGGCAAGGCUUUUAAGCAGCGUUCAGGUUUAACUGAACAUCAGCGAAUCCAUACCGGGGAGAGACCUUAUAAAUGUACAGCAUGUGGCAAAGUCUUUAUCCGUUAUUAUUUUCUUACUCGACAUCAGCGAAUCCAUACUGGGGAGAGACCUUAUGAAUGUACAGCAUGUGGCAAGGCUUUUAAGCAGAGUUCAACUUUAACUCAACAUCAGCGAAUCCAUACCGGGGAAAGACCUUAUAAAUGUACAGAAUGUGGCAAAGCCUUUAUCCGUUAUUAUUUUCUUACUCAACAUCAGCGAAUCCAUACUGGGGAGAGACCUUAUAAGUGUACAGCGUGUGGCAUGGCUUUUAAGGAGAUUUCAGCUUUAACUCAACAUCAGCGAAUCCAUACUGGGGAGAGACCUUAUAAAUGUACAGCAUGUGGCAAGGCUUUUAAGCAGAGUUCAACUUUAACUCAACAUCAGAGAAUCCAUACUGGGGAGAGACCUUAUAAAUGUACAGCAUGUGACAAGGCUUUUAAGCAAAGUUCAGGUUUAACUGAACAUCAGCGAAUCCAUACUGGGGAGAGACCUUUUAAAUGUACAGAAUGUGACAAAGCCUUUAUCAAUUUUUCAGUUCUUACUCAACAUCAGCGAAUCCAUACUGGGGAGACACCUUAUAAAUGUACAGAAUGUGGCAAAGCCUUUAUCAAUUUUUCACUUCUAACUCAACAUCAGCGAAUCCAUACUGGGGAGAGACCUUAUAAAUGUACAGCGUGUGGCAAGGCUUUUAAGCAGCGUUCAGCUUUAAAUAAACAUCAGCGAAUCCAUACUGGGGAGAAACCUUAUAAAUGUACAGACUGUGGCAAAGCCUUUUCCCAGAGUUCAAGUCUUUCUCGACAUCAGAGAGUUCAUGCUGCAGAGAAAUGUUAGAAAUGUAAGGAAUGUGGCAAAGGAUUUCCUCACAGAAUAUCUUUUAUCAAACAUCAGGUCUUCCACUACAGAAAAAAAAGUUACAAGUGUAAGAAAUGUGAGAAAGCCUUUACUAACUCAGCCAGUCUAAGUAGACACAGGAAAAUUCAUUCAGGAUGGAAACCUUUCAAAGGUACAGUGUGUGGCAAUGCUUCUAAUCAGAAUUCAAAGCUUAGUCAAGAUCGGCAAAUCCACACUGGCAAGAAACCUUAUGAAUGUAAGGAAUGUGGAAAAGCCUUUAUGUCUUGCUCAAAUCUUAGUCAACAUCAGCGAAUUCAUACUGGGGAGAAGCAUUAUAAAUGUACAAAGUGUGGCAAAGCCUUUAAUCAGAACUCAAAGCUUGCUCAACAUCAGCGAAUCCAUACAGAGCAGAAACCUUACAAGGCUAAGGAAAGUGGCAAAGCCAUUUUUAGGUGUUCACAUUUCAGUCUGCAUCAGCAAGUUCAUGCCAGGGAGAAACCAAGCAAAUGUAAAGAAUGUGGCAAAGUGUUUCCUUGUAGCUCAUGUCCUACUCAAUAUCAGGUAAUUCAUAUGCAGCAGAAAUCACACAAAUGUAUGAAGUGUGGCAAAGCCUUUAAUAAGAAGUCAAACCUUACUCAACACCAUAGAAUUCAUACUGGAGAGAAGCCUUAUAAAUGUAAGGAUUGUGGCAAAGAAUUUAAGCAGUGCUCAGGUCUCACUUACCAUCAGAGAAUUCAUACUGGAGAGAAGCCUUAUAAAUGUAAGGAUUGUGGCAAAGCAUUUAGACAGCACUCAUGUCUUACUAAACAUCAAGUAAUCCAUACUGGAGAGAAAUCUUAUAAAUGUAAAGAAUGCGGAAAAGCCUUCAGUUACUACUCAACUCUUACUAAACACCAGCGAAUUCAUACUGGAGAGAAGCCUUAUAAAUGUAAGGAUUGUGGCAAAGAAUUUAACCAGUGCUCAGGUCUCACUUACCAUCAGAGAAUUCAUACUGGAGAGAAGCCUUAUAAAUGUAAGGAUUGUGGCAAAGCAUUUAGACAGCAGUCAUGUCUUACUAAACACCAAGUAAUCCAUACUGGAGAGAAAUCUUAUAAAUGUAAAGAAUGCGGAAAAGCUUUCAGUCACUACUCAACUCUUACUGAACACCAGCGAAUUCAUACUGGGGAGAGGCCUUAUAAAUGUAAGGAUUGUGGCAAAGACUUUAGGAAGCACUCAGGUCUUACUUGCCACCAGAUAAUUCACACUGGAGAGAAACCUUAUAAAUAUAAAGAAUGCGGAAAAGCCUUCGGUCAGUACUCAAGUCUUUUUCAACACCAGCGAAUUCAUACUGGAAAGAAACCUUACAAAUGUAAAGAAUGUGGAAAAGCCUUUAUCAAGAACUCACAUCUUACUCGACAUCAGAGAAUUCAUACUAAAGAGAAACCUUAUAACUGUAAGGAAAGUGGCAAAGGCUUUAAUCAGAGCUCUCAACUUACCAAACAUCAGAAAACACAUACUGGAGAGAAACUCUAUAAGUGGAAUAAAUGUGGGAAAGUCUUUCCUCAAUUAUCAAAUCUAAACGGACACAGGAAAACCCAUACUGGAGGGAAACCUAACCAAUGCACAGAAUGUGGCAAAACCUUUAGCAAGCCCUCAAACCUUACUCGACAUCUCAGAACUCAUACUGCAGAGAAGACUUACAAAUGUACAGAAUGUGGCAAAGCCUUUACUCGGAAUUCAAACCUUAAUCAACAUAGGCGAAUCCACACUGGGGAAAAACCAUAUAAAUGUCCGAAUUGUGGGAAAGCUUUCAACCAAAGUACGGCACUUACUCGACAUCAGCGAAUCCAUACUGGGGAGAAACCAUAUAAAUGUCAGAAUUGUGGGAAAGCUUUUAACCAAAGUAGGGCACUUACUCGACAUCAGCGAAUCCAUACUGGGGAGAAGCCAUAUAAAUGUCAGAAUUGUGGGAAAGCUUUUAACCAAAGUACGGCACUUACUCAACAUCAGCGAAUCCAUACUGGGGAGAAACCAUACAAGUGUAAACAAUGUGGCAAAGCUUUUAGCAAUUGCUCAAAUCUCAAUCGACAUCAGCGAAUCCAUACUGGGGAGAAACCAUACAAGUGUAAACAAUGUGGCAAAGCUUUUAGCAAUUGCUCAAACCUUAAUCGACAUCAGAGAAUUCAUGCUGGGGAGAAGCCUUAUAAAUGUACAGAAAGUAACAAAGCCUUUAAUCAGCACUCAAACCUUAUCCAUCAUCAGAGAAUUCAUACUGGGAAGAAAUUAUACAAAUGUACAGAAUGUGGCACAGCCUUUAAUCAGAGUUCAAACCUUAAUAAACAUAGGCGAAUUCAUACUGGGGAGAACCCAUACAAAUGUAAAGAAUGAGGCAAAGCUUUUAACUGACACUCAAACCUUACUUGCCAUAAAAUAAUUCAUACUGCCAAGUAGUCUUACAAAUAUAAAUAAUGUGACAGAGCCUUGAAGUGAACCGUCAGCUCACUCAGCAUCAGAGAGCGUGUGCUGGAGACAGACCCUACAAACGUAAUAAGUGAUGAAACAGGUUUGUCCUAAGCAUACACAUCAGAAAAUGCCAGAGGGUUCAUCCUGGGAAGAACGUUUAAUUAAUGCUGUGAGAAAUGUACAAAACGAAUUUAAAAACUCAGGUCUAAAUAAAUAUCAGAGAGUUCAUCAAAGAUAGCAUUCAGUCAAUAACCCUUUUCUGGUAUUACUUUAAAUCAGGAUAUUACAGAAAAUAAUCCAUAGUUAAAACACUUAGAAAAAUUAUUUGUUACUUGGACCAUAGGAUCAAGGUGAGAGAUGUUGGACAAUAUAAUUAUU